AGCAUUUUCUUUAUUUUCUUAACAUUUGCUAUGUCCAUUUUUAUCUACUUUACAAUCAAUAACAUUACAAAAAUUAUGGAUGAAGAUAUUGACUUUAUGAGAGUUCUUUUCACUGUGCUAAUGUGUCUUGGUUGUACGCAAAUGUUGCUCAAAAAUUAUGCUAUAAUUCCAUUUCACGAAGAAGUUGAAAGUCUCUUGAAUUGGAUACUGGGUCAUCAUGAGAAAACUGAAGACGAUGAAAUCAUCCAGAAGGUGUCCCAAGAGGAAUUUGCAAAAGCUCUACGAUACUCUAUGUUGUUUUUCAGAAUUUUCUUUGCUAUGUUCAUGGUGACUGCAAUUAUUUGUUCCUUCAAGUUCGCAUUGAGUGAUUACUUGAUUAUAGCUAUUCCUGGUCUCAACCCAGAUGCAACUCACUUCAUACAUAAACUCUUAACAAUAAUAUUCACUUAUGUAGUUGCCUCGUGGACUGUCUUUUCGGACAUGGCGAUUGUUUUUAUUGGAAUUUACAUUAUUUUCUUUUUGAAGUCCAUUAACAAGCUAAUUAAUAUUUUUGGAGAUAAUUCAGAUACUUUUCCGAAAUUUCUUCUUUGUCUUAUACGGAAGCAUGUUGAAAUGAUACGAGUUUUGCAUAUAUUCAAUGAUAUAAUGAAAUUUAUUUCAUUGGUUCAACUCAUAUCUAGCACUUUGACUUUUCUCGUUGUAAUAUUUUACAUUCAGCUCUUUCCAAAUUACUUGCUGCUGCAUAUUAUGUUGGUUAGUUUGCUAAUCCAACUUGCUCUUUUAUGCUUCUUCGGUGAAAUUAUUCGAUCUGAAUCGAAGGAAAUCUUCAAGAACCUCUACCAGACAAACUGGUAUGAUUUAAGUUUGAAAGAUCAGAAAAUAAUUCUUCUCAUGAUGACCAAUAGUCUUCAAGUUAUUGGUCUCAAAGCUGGUGGAUUGUACGAUAUCGGCCUAAUGUCUCUAGUUCAGGUUAGAGUUCUCUAUUUAACAUAAAUUUAGUUCUUAUUCUAAUUUCCUUUUGCAGAUUCUAAAGCUAUCAGCGUCUUAUGCAGCAAUUGUCAUGACUUUUACACAGAAGUAAUAUUAAGAAUUUUUUUUAAAUGUGUUAUUUAAUUUAUUGUUGAAAAAUAACCUAAAAAAAUAAAUUUACGCCUAACUUGUAGUCUUAUAGCUAUGAAUAAAAAAACUUUUUUUUUGUUGAAAUUGAAUUUCUUGCUUCGCGUUAAAGCCCCAACUCCCUCAUGUCACUUUGAAGUUUUAGCUUGACUUCCCCUUUGUCAUUCUUUCUUUAGUUUUUUUAUUAGCAUCGAAAAGAAACUUGUUAAAGUUUCUUUUAAAAAAGUUACCGAAUGCGUGAAUUUUUACAACAAAUGUUCUCUUAACCUUGUAACGUGCACAUUUUCAAAUUUGUCCCACACAGGAAUGCCAACUGAAUCAUUUGAAAAGUCUCCAAAAAGGGGAGGGGUAGUGACGGCACUUGUGUAUGUUUUAGUGUAUGUUCUGUUCCUUGUAUCCCACUGCUGUGGCAGUGGGUAGUUAGUCUGCCAUGAGAGCUCAUUAAGAAGAGACUCAUAACUUCUCUCUUAUAUUCCCAAAAAUAGAUAAAAGUUGUGCAGUGCCACAGUCUGAAGUCCUCCCGCCGGAAGCCAUCGCGGUGACUGCAAGAAUUCCUCAUCAGAGAGCGAAGAACGACGCUGAACCUCCUUCAAGCUCCUUAUCUUGGGAGCUGGCGCCCGAUACAAAUUGAAGGAGCUGUGCACCACCGUUUCGGAAGGAUCUACGAGGACCUUGUCAGUCAGGGAGACUCACGUUUUGGUGCCUGACAACCUCCGGGAAAGUUUCAUCCCGUUGAGUCGGAAGCUCAAUCCCAGUGCUCAUUCCCGUCGGGACGUUAAACUCCCGUACGUGCGCUUCAUUUGGGCAAGUCCAACGCCCAGUGUAUAUCAUCGCCGGGACGCCAAGUUCCCGCGAGUGUCAGAGAAGCUCAAACUCUGCACACUAAUCUCCGGGGCGACACAAAACCCCCGUCGAGAAGACGCCCGUCGAGAAGAAGCACCACGAGAAGAACCUGGGAGACGCUCAUCGCCGUCUGAAGAAGAUACGAGGGAUUUGAAUCAUCCUGUGCCACCACCAGAGACGUACAGCCGCAACGAAGGGCAUCAGAGAUCAACUCGGCUGCGAGAAAACCCCUCAAGAGGCCCGUGUAGGUGCAGAGAAGAAGAAUAAACGUGUAAAUUAGAGGGAAGACCA